AUGCCACCGCCACCCCCCCGAAAGCCCCCGUCGGGCGCGGCAUCAAAGGAGGAAAACAUCUACAUCCCAUCCUUCAUCAGCAAGCGGCCCUUCUACACCGGCGAAGAAGGCGACGAUGCCGACUACCUCAAGCAUCAGCGACGAGAGGAGAAGACCGAACAGUCAUCACAAUGGUACGACAGGGGCAGGAAGGCCGGCCCAGCAGCCACAAAGUUCCGAAAGGGAGCUUGCGAGAAUUGCGGCGCAAUGACGCACAAGGCCAAGGACUGUCUGAGCCGCCCCAGAGCAAAGGGCGCAAAGUGGACGGGCAAGGAUAUACAAGCCGACGAGGUCAUCCAAGACGUCAACCUCGGCUGGGACGCGAAGCGCGAUCGUUGGAACGGCUACGAUACCAAGGAGUACCGGAAUGUGGUCGCGGAGUUCAACCAGAUGGAGGAACUGCGUAAGCAAGCGAAGCAGGCGAUAGAUGACGACGAGGCUGAGGACGAGGGUGACAAGUAUGCCGAGGAAAAUGACAUGAGCAAGCAUCAGAGCACGGCAACACGGCAGCUCAGAAUAAGAGAAGACACGGCGAAAUACCUGCUCAACCUGGACCUCGAAUCCGCUAGAUACGACCCCAAAACGCGGUCGCUCGUCAACGCUGGCGCAACAGGGGGCAAGUCGGCGGCCGUCUUUGCUGAGGAAGGUUUCUUGAAGUCUUCUGGUGAAGCGGGCGAGUUCGAAAAGGCGCAACAUUACGCCUGGGAGACUCAGGAGAAGACUGGCAACACCUCACAGCACUUGCAGGCGAACCCGACUGCAGGCGCAUUCUCCAGGAAGAAGGAGCGAGAAGAGACUGAGAGAAUGCGGGCAGCCCGCGACGAACUGCUGGCAGACCGGUACGGGCGGGGCGAUCAGAAGCUGCUGCCCGCGGCACUGCGCGGCAUGAUGGUGACCGAGUCGGAGACAUUUGUCGAGUACGACGAGGCCGGGCUGAUCAAGGGCGCGCCCUUGAAGGCCGCCAAGUCCAAGUACGCCGAGGACGUGCUGACGAACAACCACACGUCGGUCUGGGGAAGCUGGUGGUCCAACUUCAAAUGGGGCUACGGAUGCUGCCACUCCCUCAUCAAGAACAGCUAUUGCACAGGGGAGGAGGGCAAGCUAGCUUGGGAAAUUGCUGAGCGCCAGCGGACCGGAGCUAAUCUUGUCGAGGACGAUGCCAAUGGGGAAGCGGUCGAUGGGCAGGACGCGGCCGGCCAAGACCUGGAAACAACAACAAAGGUCAAGAAGCGCACGCGGGAAGAAAUGAUGAAUGGGGUCACCGAGGCUGAAAUGGAGGAGUACCGGCGGAAGAGGACAGCAGCAAAUGACCCCAUGGCGAAGAUACUGGGCAAGGACGAAUUAUUGACCUAA